AUGAGAUUUAGUGGAUCCAUAAUUUUGCAUCCUAGGCUCAACAUUGAGAACUCGCCUUCUACUCCACAGAGUCUAAUGGCUUGGGAAAUCUGCAUGGCUGACCACUCUGCACAACCAGGGCAUGAGGCCCGGGUUGCGUUGAAGGAGGAGAAGACAGAGCAUCUCCUUGAUUUGCCAGAGGCAAACAUGAAACUCACGCUUUGGAAUGCAGACCUUUAUGACGAAGGUAUCUUUGAUGAAGCUGUCAAGGGAUGCGAUGGAGUUUUCCAUGUUGCGACACCAAUUGCUUUUGAAUCAAAGAACCCUGAGGUGCUUUGGGUAUCUUAUGAUAGGAAUAGGAAAGUCCGUCUCCAACCACUUCUUCAUGAUUCUAGGAAAUCUGCAAAACAAAAGGUGUCCCAUUUGAUGAAAAGCGAUAUUGGCAAUCAUGCCUCUAAAAAGAAGAAAACCUCUGAGAAUACGUUGUCUAGAUCCCCGUUGGUUCUUCCCAUUUUAUCAUCAAAUGAAGGAGCGCCAUCUGAAAAAGAUGCAGAGGACCAAACAAUUCAAAACUUCAGUCAUGCUUCUCCACAUGAUCAUGAUGAAUACAUGAUUGAUAAUUCUAUCAAUGAAGAUGGGGAUAUGGGUACUUUUAUCAAUCAGUUUACCCAUUCGAAGUUGAAAUCAUCACGCAAAAAGAAAUUUCAAUGGUCAGAUGGAUCAGAUAGUUAAGAAGAUUUUGCAUUCAAUUGCAGUUUCUUUUCUAUUUAUGAGGGGAUCACCAAAGUGAUACAUGUAAUUUUCAAAAUUAAAAUGAUGCAUUUAUGCAAAACAGGCGCAUGGUGAUCAAGUAUGCAAGGCACCGUGUGGCUUUGGGUGCAAAAUUUAAUCGUGUUGACUGGACAACUAUACCUAAUUUACCUGCACCCCCAGACACUUGCAGAAGAAGAAUGGCGAUGUUAAGACAAAGCAGUUCAGUGAGAAGAGCUCUUAUGAGUCUUUGUAAUCUGCUUGCUGAUCGAUAUGUCAAGCAGCUUAAUGAGACUCCGAUAAGGGAAGUCACGGAUGGUGUUUCUACUCAAUUAGCCAUUCAUGGGUCAAAUAUUCAUGAAUUUCAUUGGGGUGAUUUUGACGAUCCAAGUAUUAAGUUGGCUGUGGAGGAAGUGAUCAGGAGUAAGAAUAUGAAGUUGGAUGCUACUAAAAGAGUUCGGCCCAAAAGCAGAAGAUGUGGGUUGUCUUCAAAAGAAGGGAGAUUUUCUAACUAAAUAACAGCAAAGUUGGCCAUUUUUACAACAUUUUCUAACUAAAUAAAACUUAAUAAAUAACAAGAUUGCUCUAUGUAAAUGGGACCGUGUGACCAUAUUAAUGAUUUUGUAAAGUGGUUUUACAAGUUAAUUGGUUUUUCCCUUUU